AUGACCUCCAAGCUGGCAGCUACCGGUGAUCCAGCAUUAUAUGCAUUCGAAAAUCGAAUGAUCACUCAACCCCUUCACAACAGUAUCCCGACAGAACUACUUCCUCGUUACGACCCAGUCUACAUAGAGUACUACAACAAGUACAAUGCCGGGCGACUCCAUACACACGAGGUCCCGAUAGAAGAGUUCCGCAAGAAUCCAGGCCAGUAUACCAUCUCCUAUGGCCGAGCGAGGGGCCCGGAUAUCUACAGUAUCACUGAACAGAAGUGCCCGGUCGAUGGUGGGGAGAUUACUAUUCGGAUCUUCGAGCCAGAACCUAAGCUGAACGAGCAGGGAAACCCGAAGAAGAGAGCGGCCUAUAUCAACUUCCAUGGAGGUGGCUGGGUAUUUGGCGGGCUAGUCUACGACCAUGACUUUUGCAAGCGGGUUGUCCAUGGCCUUGAAGGAGAUUUGGUUGCUUUUGAUGUCGACUAUCGUCUGGCACCGGAGUAUAAGUAUCCAAUUCCUGUCCGCUCCAAAGCAACCGAGUUCAAUCUUAAUGUAGACCGAUUCGCUGUGGGCGGCGUGUCAGCAGGAGGUCAACUCUCGGCCGUCAUCAGCCAUCUCUGUCGCGAUGAAGGCAUUCCACUGCGAUUGCAGAUACUGACUGUGCCAGCGACGGACUUGCACAGUGUCUUCACGCCCGAAGGGAAGUUUGACCGAGAGAAUUGUCCCUACGACUCAUACCGGGAAAUGGAGUUUGCGCCAGCACUACCUGCAGCGCGUAUGGCAUACUUCCAUCGACAGUUCCUGGGAGUGCCUCGACCGGCGGAGUCUGAUGAAGACUGGAAAAUAUCGCCGAUCCUCGCUCCUGACUUUCAGAAUUUGGCCCCUGCGUUGGUGUCUACCGCGGAGCUGGAUCCAUUGCGCGACGAAGGAGAAGCGUAUGCGGCUAAACUUCAAGCUGCUGGAGUAUUCGUGGAGGUAGAUCGUGUCAUGGGUGCGCCACACCUGUUCCCUGCGAUGGAUGGUAUAUUAGAAGGAGGUCGACGAUACAACGCGAAGGUGGUUGAGACGAUGAAGCGACAACUCAAGGGAUGA